UUUCCCGUGUCCCGUGCCAGCACGGGAUCGGACCAAUAUCCACACUCAUUAUCAAAACCUUAGCUUAGUUACGACUACGGUUUAGUGUUUUAUUAAACGUGAUGGAUGUAUUCAUGGGGAAUAAGUUUUUUUGUGAAGCGUGUUCAGAGUUUACCUCGUCAGGCGUAUAUAGAAGAUCUACCUGAAAACAGGCGGUUGUCGCCAGAAACUCAUAAAAUGGCUGUAAACGUUAUGGACUUAAAGUGUUCUAAGAAACAUCUGCAAAAUAAAAUUAUGCUUGAAAAAAAUGUUAAAAUUCGGAUAAAAGAUUUAUCAAAUAUUCAAAUGAAAAAUAAAGAUUUAGCGACUAACGACUUACACGCCGUAGAAAAAAUAUUAAAAUCUAAGGGUGCUGAUGUUCAUAUUUUUCACAAAAAUAAACAGUAUCAAGGAAUUUACUUUUCAACUCAUAGUAUGAGAUCUUUUUUCCGAGCGUGGCCCGAGGUCGUCUUUUUGGACGGGACUUAUAAACUUUUUAACACUAAUUUAUCUUUGAUGCUCUUGCUUGUUGAAGAUUCGGACGACUUAAGCGAAAUAGCUGGUGUGGCUUUAUUGGCUCAUGAAGAUUAUCUAUCAAUGAAAUGGUUUCUUGAGACCUUUAAAAAUGAAAACCGAAAAGCAUGCAGUAGAAUCAAUUGUUUUAUGACCGAUAAACAUCUUGUUGAACGUAAAGUUUUGAAGGAAUUAUUUCCUAAUGCUUGAACUGAAGAAUAUUAUGAUCAUUAUAAUAAAUUAUUAACAAUGGCACCUAAGCAAGUUGUAGAUUAUUUCAACUCCAAUUGGCACAAUAACCGAGAAGAAUGGUGUACUUACUAUAUGCGAGGGAACCUGGGUAACUACACAAACAAUCGAUUAGAAUCGAUUGAUGGCAAAAUUAAAGAUAUGGUAGGCCAAAAUAACUAUUUGAGCAAUUUUAUAGGAGAUUUUUUUCUAUGGAUAUCGAUUGUUAAUCGUGAAAAUGACUUUAAAGCAUCCCAAAACUUUAUUAAGAAACAGCUAUGUGUAAAUAAUUAUACUGAGUGGGAACAACAGUAUUCUAAUUAUUUAACAUUAACAGCUUUCAAAU